AUGAAAAUAGAUCGCAUUGAGGAAUUAGAGUUUGGAUUCUCCAAAUAUAGCUCCAAUUUGAACCCUUUAUUAGUUGGUCUCACCCUUAUCAGAGGAGCUGAUUCAGGAGCUGUUUGUUUGGAUGGAACAUUGCCUGGAUAUCACUUGCACCGUGGACAUGGCUCUGGAGCUAAUAGCUGGCUCAUUCAAUUGGAGGGAGGAGGUUGGUGCAACAACGUCAGGACCUGUGUAUACCGGAAGAAGACUCGACGUGGAUCCUCUAACUAUAUGGAGAAGCAGCUCCAGUUCACAGGAAUACUGAGUGAUAAAGCUCAAGAAAACCCAGACUUCUUCAACUGGAAUAGAGUUAAGCUCCGUUACUGCGAUGGUGCUUCUUUCAGUGGAGAUGGUCAGAAUCAGGCUGCACAGCUUCAGUUCAGAGGAGAGCGUAUCUGGAGAGCAGCGAUAGAUGAUUUGAAGGCGAAAGGAAUGCGAUAUGCUAACCAGGCACUUCUCUCUGGAUGCUCAGCUGGUGGCUUAGCAGCAAUUUUACGCUGCGAUGAGUUUAGGAACUUGUUCCCUGGAUCCACCAAAGUCAAGUGCCUGAGUGAUGCAGGCUUGUUCUUGGACACAGCUGAUGUUUCUGGUGGCCGCACGAUCAGGAACUUAUACAAUGGUGUAGUAGAAUUUCAGAGUGUGAAGAACAACCUUCCUCGUAUGUGCACAAACCAUAUGGAUCCAACCUCGUGUUUCUUCCCGCAAAAUCUGAUCAGUCAGAUGAAAACUCCGCUUUUUAUUGUCAACGCAGCAUAUGAUACAUGGCAGAUUCAAAGCAGUAUAGCUCCAACAUCAGCGGACCCUAGUGGAUUUUGGCAUGACUGCAGACUAAACCAUGAAAAAUGUACCCCUGCACAAAUGCGUUUCUUGCAAGGAUUCAGGGAUCAGAUGCUGAGAGUAGUGAGGGGAUUCUCAAUGUCUAGACAGAAUGGAUUGUUCAUCAAUUCUUGCUUUGCUCAUUGCCAAACCGAGAGGCAAGACACUUGGUUCGCCGAUGAUUCUCCUGUAAUCAGGAAAAAGGCGGUGGCUAUAGCCGUGGGAGAUUGGUAUUUCGAUAGAGCGGAGGUGAAGUUAGUUGAUUGCCCGUACCCGUGUGACAAGAGCUGCCACAACUUGAUAAUGGAUAGGAAUAAUAACAAUAAAAUAGUGAAGGAUAAAGAAAUUCCUUCUGAAUCUUCUUUCAUGGCUUCUGAUUCUCAGACCGCAACUGCUACUACAUCUGAAAAGCCAUUGGAGAACAAGGUGAACGAGGAAGCAAAGUUGAUGGAAAAAGAGAUUGUUUUGCCGGAAACUGCGGAUGUGGUGGAAGAUGAAUCGGUUUCAGAUUCAAACCUGACGGUUACGAAGGAGGAACAAAUUGAUCAAACUCCUGCUGGUGAACCGGAGAAAGAACCACCUGCGGUUGUGAAAGAGGUUGCAGCAGUUGUGAAAGCAGAGGAAUCUACAGAGAAGGGGAAAGAUGAAAGUGGUGAGAAGGUAGCUGAACAAGCGGAACUCAAAGAACCAACCCUUGUGAAAGAGGUUGUUGAAGAGGUUAACGCUGAAGCUGCUGAUGAGGAGAAAUCAGAAGAGAGGAAAGAUGAAGAUGGUGAGAAGAAGGUAGCUGAACAAGUGGAACUUAAAGAACCAACCCAGUUUAUUGAAGAGGUUAAUGCUAAAGUUGUUGGUGAGGAGAAAACAGAAGAGGGGAAAGAUGAAAAUGGUGAGAAGAUUGUAGCUGAACAAGUGGAACUUAAAGAAGCAACCCCUGUGAAAGAGAGCGUUGAAUCUGUUGGUGAGGAGAAAGCAGAAGAGAAGCAAAUCGUGGAGAGGGUUGUUGAAGAAGACAGUAAGGAUAAGGAGGAGACAAAAGUGGUUGAUGUUUCUGAGUCAACAGAUGAAGCCGGAGGCAAAAUGGUGGAAGUUGAACCAGUUGAUGUUCAACUUGUUAGAGAAGUAUCUGCAGAGACUGUAGACGAAAAAAUCAAAGAUGCUGAUGUUUUUGAAGUCAAGCCAAAUCCAGAGGCUUCUGAAAAAGUUACGCAACCUGAGAAAACAAAGGAAUUGGCACCAGAAGCUGAAGUAGUAAAGGCAGAGGAAACACCUGAAACAAAAGAAGAAGCGAAGGUUGAGCUUGAGGAGAGAAUUGUUGAGACCGGUAUCAAUCUCAAGGAGGAAAAGACUUCUGAGUCUGCUGUACCGACAAACCAAGAUUCAGACACAAACACCACGAAGGAGGCUGAAGGGGACAUUUCUUCUCCUGUUGAUGUCAUUGAAAAGGCCAUUACUGAAGAGAAGCAUGUAGUGGUAGAACCAUCAAAGGAUGAAAAAGAGAAUGGGAGUGAAGCGAAAGAUGUCGUAACUAAACUACCCACAGAAGAUGAGAACGUCAAGAAAGAUACUGAAGCACCUCCUGCAGAUGAUAAGAGCGAAGAGACAGUGAAAGAAACUGAUACAGAAUCAAGAGAUAAAGAAACUGAAGCAAACAAACAGGAGGAGUCAAUUACAGAGAAAGCAGCAGAGGUUGUGGAAACAGCAACUGUUGCUAAAGAGAGCGAUGAGCCGAAACAAGAACCAGAAGUCACAACCAAAGAAGUUGUUGUUAAGCAAAAACAUUCAAACAGCAUUAUGUCAAAGGUGAAGCAAUCUCUUGUUAAGGCAAAGAAAGCAAUCAUUGGAAAAUCUCCAAGCUCCAAGACUAUCUCUACGGAAGAAUCUAAAGAAGAAGUCAAAGUC